AUGGUGCGGUGGACGCGCGCGGUGUUCCGCGAGCGGUACGAUUCUGGGGCGAUCCCGAUCGCGGUGGCGCACCGAGGGGUGAACGCGGUGACGUGGCGAGCGGACCCGGGAAGUUUGGACGCGUCGACGUAUCUCCCGUUAUUCGUGGAGGGGAUGCGAGAGACGAGGCAUCCGUACAGAUUGCUCGCGGUGCGAGGGGCGAGCGAGCUCUCGAGGGCGUGCGGUGAGCGGGCGUUGCUCGAGGCGCUUCCGAGGAUGGUGCUCCCGCUCAAGGCGGCGCUCGAGGACGACGACCCCGCGGUGGUCGCCGUCGCCCUCGAGUUCACUCGCGAGCUCGCGAAAGGCUCCUCCGUGAUCGGCGAAGCACUCGUCCCGUACUACCGCCAGCUCUUACCCGCCCUGAACGGGCUCAAGGACGUCAAGGAUGUGUACGUCUCGCUCGCCGUGCUCUCCGACGCCCGCGCGUGGCGCGAGCGCCGCGGACCAUCUCUCCACGCCGACGACGUCCACCACAUCCACGACCUCCGUCCGGCAUCACGCUCAUCGCGCGUGCACGACCACCAACUCCCCGGUCGCGGCCGAUCGAAGCGUUCGAUCGCCGCCCUCGUCCGCGCCGCCCUCUGCGCGCUCGAAGCCUCCGGCGGCGCCGACGCCCGCGCGAACAUCACCUACCUCAUCCCCGCCCACGUCUCCGCCCGCGGGCGCUGA